AUGAGAUCGGCUCGUAUUCGAACAUCACGCUUCGUCGGACGGCAAUGUCAGACACUGCGUUGGUCCUUCGCUCGUCAUUUCGCGGUUAAGCAGACAUAUGCAGCAACAUGCACCGCCAUUAUUUCCGCAGGACAUAUGCAGCAACAUGCACCGCCAUUAUUUCCGCAGGACAUAUGCAGCAAUAUUAACAUGCAGACAUAUGCAGCAACAUGCACCGCCAUUAUUUCCGCAGGACAUAUGCAGCAACAUGCACCGCCAUUAUUUCCACAGGACAUAUGCAGCAACAUGCACCGCCAUCAUUUCCGCAGGACAUAUGCAGCAAUAUUAACAUGCAGACAUAUGCAGCAACAUGCACCGCCAUUAUUUCCGCAGGACAUAUGCAGCAACAUGCACCGCCAUCAUUUCCGCAGGACAUAUGCAGCAAUAUUAACAUGCAGUAUUAACGAUAUUCACCUUGCGUACACGAUAAUCGACAUUUAUCUCCGUCUUCGUGCCAGUCAUGCUUCAAAUGCUAUAAUUGUUGAAUUAAAAUUAGUUGACAAUACGGUGUUCGAAUUCGUUCCUUCACUUUUAUUUUCUGUCUAUUCCUUAUAUUCACGGUCAAAAAACAGAAGAUUGUAUUUUUAUUUAAUCCUGAAUGCCAUAGAUGUGUCAUUCGAACUCAUUCGACAGUUUCUUGAGUCGAUGAGACCUUUCGCCUCAUGGUUAGAGACUACGAUCGAGCAAAUUCUUUGGGUGGAUGUGCCAUUCAGCAUUGAGAUUGGUGGUAUUAUUGCUGAUAAUAUUUUCUUGUCACGAAUAAAGUCUGCAGAGGAUUUGGUGAGAAGAAUUCAUCAUAUGGCUAAAAUUUAUAUGAGAAUGCAUCAAGAUCUGAAAAAUAUUGAAUUAUCGAGCAAUAAUUUUUCAUCAUUAGACGUCGAUCAGAUAAAAGAUCUCAUUGCAAAAUUAGAAAAUCAGUGGUCAAUUGUUAUUAAUGAACCUGAAGGUUUAAAUCUUCUUGAAGAUGGUCGACUUAUCUGUGAGCAACUGGUAAAACAAUAUCCGAUGUUAGAAGAACUGGAUUCCUUCUUAUACGUAGAUAUUGUCGAUCAAACCAUACGUGCUUAUAAAGAAUUAAGUUCCGUGAUUCCAAAUAUCGAGUCAGCGAAAUCACGAAAAUUGAGAUCACUUCUCGUAGCAAUAGAUGCUGUAGAAUUUUUAGAGAUAGUGCUCAAGAAAUCGCAUAGUUUUGAAAAAACUUUGAAAGAGCUUGAGCGAAUGAAAAAUGUAAAAUCUUUCAAUGCUGCUAGAUUGUCUACUCAGUUGAAAAAAAUCGAAGAAAGAGCUGCUGAGGAAGAUAUUCAGUUAAAUGAAGCACUUGAUUAUUUGGAUAAUACGAAAGAUUUACUAGAGGAAUACUCUAUUAGUGAUUCGAAUCGAGAAAUACUUAAGAAUGCGCGGAAAAGUCUCGAGGAUAUCGUCGGGACAACUAAAGAAAGAAUCGAAGAUGUUCGAAAGAGUAUUCAAAAUGCAUUGGAAUGUAGGCGUCUUGUAGAUCAGGUACUUUUCAUGAAACUUUAUGUCAAAGUUUUUUAG